AUGCGGCGUCGGGGCACGGGACACAGGCCCAGCAUGAGCGAGCUGGGCCUUUGUGGGCGCCAGCGGGCCGAGGGCCGGGCAUCCGGGCUCUGUCCGCCUGACGCCACCGCCUCCCACAGACGUGCCCUGAACGCCGCAAGUCGGACACUUCCUCCCUUUUGGCCGGGCUCAGCCAUCCUUCUGCUUCCUCCAGAUAGGUUCCCAGCGCGCUACCGGCCUGGCUCCUUCCGGCGUUUGAAUUGCUCUGGGCCGGCAGUGGACGUGAGAAAAUAA